AUGCGUGCUUCUUUGCUUUUCGGCCUGUUGGCGACAAUCACCACGAUCUCUGCACUCGACACCCAGUGCGUGAACAGCAAUUUCGAAGACAUUGUCACUCGGACAUCUUGCGGGAACAGCGAUUCAAUCUCGAAAUGUCUGAAAGACAAAGUGCAUGCCUUCCGUUUGGAGGACAUCUCACCAUGUUUUACUUCCCGGGGCUGCCAGAGAGCCGAUGCUGUAUGGUUUAUGCAGGAGUGUAUCAUGCCUGACACGAGGCAAGAAUUGAAGAAGAGGGCUACAACCGCCGAUUCCACCACAGAUUCUACGACCACAACUGCUGCAAAGACUACCGCUACAACCGCUGCGACAACAAGCACCGAAACUUCAGCUACGACAACCGCCACAACCGCUACAACAGCAGCAUCUACAACUGCGAGUGCUGCUUCCUCCACAACAAGCACAGAUUCAACAAGCGGUACUUCGACAACCGCUUCUUCUACAAGCACGGGCGGGACCAGCACUACAAGUUCAGCAUCCUCAACUUCGAGCGGAAGCAGCUCUUCAUCCAACUCCUGCUCCGUAACAAAAUUCGUCUCCACCUCGGCCUGCAGCAAGCCCUCGGGAGCCAAGAAAUCCACCUGCUCAUCAGUAACCAUGACGACCUCAACUUGCGCUCCAGGCCUACUUUGCUUCCCAACCUACCUCCCCAGCGGCGCCUGCAUGAAGCGCGACGCCCCCCUCACAACCUCCGGCAUAGUCGUCGCCAUCGUCUUCGGCGUCGCCAUCACAGCCGUCAUAAUCUCCAUAAUCAUCGUGAGCAUGCACGCGCGCCGCAAGGCGAAACGUGCGCAGAUCAACGCGGCGAUGGUCAGCGGAUCACUGGGGAAAUCCGCUGCUGAUGAUGAGGGGCCUGCGCCGUACAGGAUUGGAGGGGCUUCUGAUGCAACGCCGCUCAUUACGCCUGGGGGCGGGAGGAGUGAACAGACGCAGUAUGCAGGGGCUCAUCAGGAAUACUUUGGUAGUCGGGGCGCUGGAUCCGAAGCUGGCGUUAGUCCGGGUUCUAAUCCGACGGCACCGACAUUGCCUAUUAUAAGGACGGAACAUUCGGGGGUAGGGGCAUUGGGACAGGAAGAUUCAACGCAUUGGAGCGCUGAUUAUAAUGCCAGGAGGUAG